CUCUUUGUUUAGACUAUGAAUCGAAAUAUGAACCCAAUUUACCGCUGUGUUGCUUUUCCUCUUUUUCAUGAUGCCAGAUGCACCACUGCAUCAUGGUUUGUCUUCUCAUUUUAGGUUUAUCCGUGGGUUUAGUAAUCUCCCAAAUUACACCUGAGUCUUGGAUUGACUCGGAUAGCACACCAUCGAGCAUUUCUCUAGACAGUGAAAAGGUUAAGGCUUUCGGCCUUCGCCCCUCGAACAACUUCAGAUGUAAAAGAAACACUAUAACACGGAAAUGUAGAUUAAAAUGCACAUGUAUAAAAGGAAGAAGAUAUUGCUGCAGACAGAGAAAAGAUUGGGAUGCCCUGACUCAUGAUGAAAAGACAAGAUUUCUCAAUGCUGUGUACAAUAUUGGAACGGGAAGAGCUGGCUGGCGGCUGAGAAAUAACUGGGUGAGACUGCUUUACAUCCACGAACUGUACUGGGUGGAAGGAAUCCAUGACAGAGUACAGUUUUACCCUUGGCACAGGAUAUACUUGCUGAAGAUUGAGAACCUCCUCAGGCAAGUAGAUUGCCGACUGACUGUGCCGUAUUGGGACUGGACCAAGAACGUUGCCCGGUGGUGGGAAAGCUCCAUUUUCAACUGGAGAUACUUUGGUUCCAAUUUGAAUUACAAUGCCAGAACUGGUGAACAACAACUAACAACUGAAGAUCAAUGUCCAAGCAAUGGUUACUUUUCGCCACAAUAUGGCUAUCAAGAUCUGGAAGGUCAGUGCUUGGUAAGACAAUUCACUUACAACGUUUUUCCUGCCAGUUAUAAGAGAAUUCAGAAUAUUCUGAGCUGGAAAAAUGCCCUGCGAUCUGAAGCCGACUUGAGGCAUGAACAUGGAAUUCCUCAUUACAUAGUCGGUGGAGAAAAAACAGGCCUCUUCUUUACCGAAAGAGCCGCAGAAGAUCCCUUAUUCUGGAUUCAUCAUUCUAACGUUGACUACCAAUGGUAUCAACGACAGACCAGAUAUUUGGAGACAAUAUUCGAACCUUGGAAGGAAAGAGGGAACAUUGGUCAAUCACUGACAGCCUUCCCAGAAACCGUGGGACAAGCCUUGAACCCUUUUAAGCUUGGAAGACUCAAAACAUGUGUGGAGUAUGUUGAAUACGAUGAUAGAUAUGAAGACUGGUUGAGAGAUAAAAGGACGCGAGCGAACAAGGUAGGGAGUUUGAGUUCUGGGACGCACGGGUACUCUACUGCUUCUAAAAUGGAAUGUAUGAAAAGCCAACAUAGUUUUCCAGCUCUGAUUUUCACACUAUUCAAGACAUCACCCGCUGAAAAGAAAAAUUUCUUGAGGAAUAGAAACCAAGAUGGAGAUUGUUGAACGUGAAGGAGACAUUUGAUAUUGAUUUAAAGA